CAGGCAGACAGACAGACAGACAGACAGCGGAUCAUGUGACACAAACUCUGAGACUCACUCAGAAAGAAAGAGACACUGAGAGUAAAAGAGCCAUCGAUCACUGGAGCUUCUUUUUGUUGUUGUUGUUGUUGUUGUUGUUGUUUCCUGAGCCUGGUCUCAGUGACACAGCGGAGACUCCUGCGUCACUUUUCCAUUUACUGGGCUUUUAUCAGCGAGGCUGCCUUCAAACGACCGCGUCUGCUUCAGGAAUAGACCGCGUCCUCCAUCUGUGAAGAGCCUGCCCUGUGCAGCCAUGCUGAUGUAUGAUUACCCUCUGAAGACAGACAUGGAGACGUCAUUCUACUCUUCGUUGGUGAAAACCCCAGAGCCAUACAGAGUCAUCUUCCCCCACCCCGCCCCCCUCUACCACACACACAUGCAUGCCUUCAGCCAGUCCCACACCCCCAGCAACCCCACACACACCCAGCUAGAGCCAGUGGACCUGUCUCUCAGCAAACGCUCCUCCUCCCCUCCCUGCUCCACCGCUUCCUCUCCGACCUCCUCGCGCAGCUCCCCACCUUCACCUCACAGCAUGGCGAGCCGCGCCUCCCCCCGCUGUUCCCCUCCACACUCCCAGCUUCGCUCAUCUCCUUCCCACGGCGUCCCGCCGCACACACCCUCACUUCCCUACCCCACCAUGAUGGCUCCGCUCAUCAACUUGGGCUCGGGGGUCAUCCAGGGGUCAGGGGUCAUGGUGUCUCCAGUCACGGUGCCACUGUCCGUCCUCUACGGAUCGGCUCUCCACCUGCCCCAGUCGAUAAUGGUGAGCCCGCCCGUCAGCUGUGACGACGGCCAUCAUCGAAGAAGAGAGCACAAAACAGUUCACUCUGUAAAGUCCCAUGAGCUGAGAGGCGAUGCCCACGACCUGCACAAGCCAAUCAAAACAGAGCCGUGCCCUGAGCUCAUCCAUGACCCGCACAGCAGCCAUGAGAUGAAACCAUCCGUCAUCAGGAUACCACAUGAAUACGAGGGAAACAAUCCAUCAGUAAUAGUUCAUUCAGGAACAAAGCAUCCUCUCCCUGCUGAAUCUCCUGACUCACUGAAAAAGCGAAGGAUUCAUCGCUGCGACUUCACCAACUGCAACAAAGUGUACACAAAGAGCUCCCACCUCAAAGCACACCGCAGGACACACACCGGUGAGAAACCAUACAAGUGCACGUGGGAAGGCUGCACGUGGAAGUUCGCCCGUUCAGACGAACUGACGCGACACUUCCGCAAGCACACGGGCGUCAAGCCGUUCCAGUGUCCCGACUGUGAACGCAGCUUCUCCCGCUCUGACCACCUGGCUUUGCACAAGAAACGCCACCUCCUGGUGUGAAGCGGCUCUGGGGGACACUUGAAACAAACAUAAAUAAAUAAAUUAAAAACUCAAUGCUGGUUUAUAUAUUGGACUGUACCACUUUGACUUUUUUUUCUAAGAGCUGGCCUUAAACAUUGGACUCUGAUAGGGAGGGGACUGUUCUUCAGGCUGCAGGUUUAGACCCUUUCACCUCAUUUGCCUGAAUAAUGAGCUGGUGUCAUCACAUUUAUCAUCAGUCCAUCCUGAAAUUGUUAAGAUGUCAUACCAGAACUCUCAUCAGCUUCAGAAGAUCCUACGCUUUUUUUUUUUUUUGCAGCAAAGAGGCAGCAGCAUCUCAGCCGGCCUGAGACCAGCGACCUCUUGUGGCCAUGGAACCAAACUGCACAGGCACCUGCUUUGAAGCCACACAGCAUGCUCAAGCUUUUCUGUGCACCAUCAGCUCUCAUUUCUGUGCAUGCUUUCAAGUACAGUUGUGGACUUGGACACACACACACACACACACACUUAUAUGUAAACACUUGCUAGCUAGUAAAAAAUAAUGUGAAACCUUUCAGAAUGUAUCAUAUCACACCUACUGUGCAUUGUGUCGUACACGUCGUACUCUGGCUUUCUUUUCUCCAACACACAGCUACCUGUGACAUAGUGCUAGUGCUAACUCCUCCGUCAUGGAUCGACCACACAACUCAUCUGCCUGUACCAACUUAAAUUAUGAAGUGUCAAGAAUUACAAAGUAAAAAACCCAAAACAAAAGCAGGUAGCUCAUGCUCGCUUAUUCUUGUACAUAUAAUGUUAACAGCACACACAGUAGAAUACAUGCACUUAAUGAAAGCAGCUCAGCCCUGUGUGCUUUUGGUAUUUGGGUUGAAAAGAAAAUGGGCACUGGGGGUCUCAUUCAUUAUCAGAGUGAAGUGUUUUUCUUUUGUUUUUUUAUGUUUUCAUUCAGAAAUGUGAACAUUGCUGCACAGGGGCAUUAUUGUGUUAGUGAGGAAAAGACAUCACUCGGUUGGUUUAAGGGUAGAAGCAAUGAAACGUCUUGUGUCUUACCAAUGUUUUAUAUCAAAGUGUAUGUAUCUAUGGAUUAUUGUUUUGGUUUGUGUUGUGACACCAUGGUAGCCUUUUUAUUGUAUACAUGACACUUUUAUAUGGGAAAAAUACAAAGUGCAAAGCAGGGAAAUUUGCUCAUUAUUAAUUAUUGUUGUUUUUUCAGGAGCAGAUGUUUUAUUCCAACAAUUUAGGAUAAAUUCCACAGUGCUUAGUACUGGAAUCAGUAACUGUAUGAUUCCAGUCAAAGGCUGUAAAAUAGCAAAUCACCACUUUAGAGGAGGAUUUUUUUGCCUACAGCGUAUUUGUACAUCUCUAAAGUGCACUUUAUAUGCAAUCACAUACACACAUUACAUGUCUAUGUGUGUGCGUAUACACAUAUGUAAACAUUAUAUCCAGACAAACAAACAUACCUGACACCAAAUGUCUCCAUUCAAAGAAAAACUGCUGGUCAGUUUUAUCAGAAAUCAUCCAACAGUUUUUGUUUUUUUUAAAUGUAAAGUCACUGCGAGGAGUGAUUUUCUUUUUUUACACACAAACAAAACAAACGGAAUGUAUCGGCUCCACUAUCUGCGUUUGCUCCUGGAUACUCAGUUCUUGCUUGUAAAUGUUUUUGUAUCUGCAAAUAUAAGUUGUAAUAUCUAUAUAUCUAUAUAUAUGUAUAUAUAUGUGUGUAUGUAUGUAUGUAUAUACAGUAUGUAUGCAUGCAUACAUAUAUAAUAAUUAUUAGACUGAAAGGGCUAUUAAAGGUUUUUACUAAGCAUGAUUUUGAUACUCAUAAUAUUGGAUAUUCUACAUUUCUAUAAUGUGUCUGUAAUAAAAAACCUAUUUCUUAAUCUAUUGGCUAUUCAAAGGGAACAUGUUAAACUGUGAACAUAUAACUGUACAGGUCUAUCUGCGAUUUUGCAUUUAUUUUAAAACAGAAUAUUCAAACCACUUAAUAAACUUAUUGAUAUUA